AUGUCAUUCCCCGGUUCUGAGUUUGAAUUAGUGAUCCGACAGCAGCCCACUCAGGCACGCAUGGCCGGUGGGAGGGAAAGAGAACGCAGGCCAGUAGACCCCCCACCGGUAGUUCAGCUCCGGGUAAAAGAGGAGGGAAGUUACCUCGCGCAGCACUAUCUCGAAAGUCCCUACUAUUUCAUGUGCUGCAGCUUGGUAAAUCCCUCAGAGGGCAUCGUGCCGCCAUCAACAAGUUUGACCGGUACUUUAGUAUCGUCACUUCACCAGCUGAAAGACGAAGAUAACAACGAGGCGGGCUUUUUUGUCUUUGGAGACCUGUCGGUGAAAGUUGAUGGGGACUUUCGUCUAAAGUUUACACUCUUCGAAAUGGGUAAGGGUGCCGUCACUCAUCUGCAGUCCAUCAUCUCGGACCGCUUCACCGUGUUUCGCCCAAAAAGCUUUCCUGGGAUGGCGGAGUCAACGCCACUGUCCAGAGCACUCUCCCGUCGCGCCUUGAGCAUUGUCCCCAGCCGGCUCCUCCUUGUUCUCAACAUCAUGCUUCGCUGCAGUUACCAGGGGAUGUCGUUAGAAGUCACCCAGGACCUGUAG